AUGGACAAUCGAGACACCAAGUCCAACUCAGCGCACCUGGAAAAUGUCACGAACAACCCGGAGGAGUCAUCGGAGUGGGCAACAUCGCCGUGGCAAUGUCUAGCCCAGAACCCCUGGGUUAUUCUGUUCUGUCUCUAUGGCAAUCUCGGAGCGUUGAUGUAUGGGUUUGACAACCUGGUGUUGUCCCUAGCACUGUCAAUGCCCGGAUUCGAAGCUCAAUUCGGAGUACUCAGCAAUGGGUCGUACGUUAUCCCGGCGUAUUGGCAGUCUCUAUGGAGUGCGAUGUCCCAGGUUGCCACAAUGCUGGGAGCCACCGCCGCUGGACCUGUGCAAGAUCACUUCGGUCGUCGUGCUUCUUUCCUACUGGGCUCCAUCUUCUCCGCUGCAGGUGUAGCCGUCGUGUAUACGGCAUCAACCCCAGGGGUUUUCCUCGCGGGAAAGAUCGUUAAUGGCCUGUCGCUGGGUAUCUGUUUGACAACCGGUCAGACCUACAUUUCUGAAGUGACUCCGAUGCAGAUUCGUGGUAUUGCCCUGUCUGCUUUUACAUUCUGCAUGAAUCUCGGAUACAUGAUUGCAGCUUCCAUUGCGCUGCCGCGUAUGUCGAUGGACACAACGGCUGCAUACAAAGUGCUGUUCGCCGCCGCUUGGGUCUGGCCAGGCGUCGUAGUUCUUUUGCUUCCCCUCAUUCCCGAGUCUCCCUACUUCCUCGUCAUGAAAGAUCAGCUCGACAAGGCUCAAAAGUCACUCGAAAAACUAGGAAACAAGUCUUCGCAGGUCAUUCCCAUGUUGGACCAAAUUGUCCGUGUCAACGAAGAGGAAAAGGCCCGAAGUGCUGUCGCCAAGGGGGCGAGUUUCCUCGAAUGCUUCCGCGGUGUCAACUGGCGACGUACCAGAAUCAUCCUUAUAUGCAAUGGUCUGUCACAGAUUAUCGGAGCUAGUUUCAUGUCGAACGGUCCUUAUUUCCUUGUCUCGGCGGGCAUGUCUGCGGCCAAAAUUGGAAUGAUGACUGAGAUUGGCAUUGGCUUUGGUCUUGCCAGUUCGAUAUUGACUGCCUAUCUCAUGGCGAAAUGUGGACGCCGAAGACUCAUCAUGUUCGGCUUGUCUCUUUCAACGGUGUUCUACACUGUGAUGGGAAUUGCUGGAUGCUUCCCAAGCUCAAGCACUGCUUUAUGGGUCAUCGGUAUCUUCCUUGAGCUGACCUGGUGGGUCUACGGUCCAGCUAUCGGUCCGGCCAUGGCGAUAGCUGGAGAAGUCUCUGCAGUGCGUCUUCGUGCGAAGUCUAUGGCUGUUGGAUUCACAUUCAACUACUUCUUCUCUACCGUAUGGAACGUCAUAAUGCCGUACCUGUACAACACAGAUGAGGCGCACCUAGGCGGCAAGAUUGGGUGGAUCUUUGCCGGCCUGGGCGCUAUUACCCUAGUCAUCAUCUACUUUGAGGUGCCUGAGACCAAGGGACGGUCCUUUGAGGAUCUGGACGAGAUGUUUAAUGAACAGGUCAGCACUCGGGCAUUCCGAACCUACCAGUGCUGCCUGCGCCAGGAAAUUGGGAAGCUCAGCGAAGAGUAG